UUCUCUCUUCGCUGUUUAAUGGUAUGAGAUGGUGGCCUCCGCCUUGGUCACCGAUGUCGCCCUCCCUCCGGCGUUCUCCGCCUUCUGCCGCCUCGGCCCCAGGAUCUCCCUCGGAAGCGACCUAAUCGCUGCCGCUGAUGACGACAAGGCUGAUGAACCGGGCAGGGAGGGACCUGACGGGGAUGAAUCUGGUGGCGACUUCGUCGACUUCGAGUUCCGACUGCAUGAUCCCGUUGCCAUGCUCCCCGCCGACGAGCUGUUUGUCGAUGGGAAGCUGGUGCCUCUCCAAAUGGCGGUGGCGAAGCCGGUGGCGUUGCGUUCCGCUGCCGAGAUCCGCUCGCCGGAGCGAGCGAAGACGCGGCGAAUGGCCGAGGACUCCGGAUCGGACCCCUACGCCUUCUCUCCCCGAGCGCCGAGCUGCACCAGCCGGUGGCGGGAGCUGCUCGGCCUCAAGAGAGCGGCGACGCCGAAGCCCGAUCCGGUGAAGGUUUCUCCUGCCCUCGCCGCCGCCAAAUCCAAGAACCCUAACCCUGACGCCAGGUCCCUUAAGCAUUUGUUUCACCGGAAUCUCAAAAUGUCCCCGCUCGAGGCGUCGCUAAGCCUUCCUCUCCUCCACAACACCAAGUCGGACUCCGUCUCGAUCUCCUCCCGCGGCCCUGACCACGAGGACCCCCCCCGGCUCUCUCUCGACUCGGACAAACCCAGCCACCACAUCCCGACGGUCCGGUUGGUCCGGCCACUUCCGGCUGUGGCGGAACCAGGCCGGAGCCGGAUCAGACGGACAGCGUCGUCGGAGAUAACGCCGCCGCCGCCGCCGAUUGGGCCGGUGGACAGUCCGAGGAUGAACCCGUCGGGGAAGGUUGUGUUCCACGGGCUGGAGCGGAGCUCAAGCAGCCCGGGGAGCUUCACGGGCGGGCCGAGGCCGCGGGCGCGGGGGAUGGAGCGGUCCUACUCCGCCACCGUCGUCCGGGUGACCCCGGUGCUCAACGUCCCGGUCUGCUCCCUCCGCGGCUCGGGAAGGGCCUGCCCGGCCUUCGGGUUCGGCCAGCUGUUCUCGCCGCAGAAGCCUGUCCGGGGCUCGUCUGCGACUCGCAGCGAGAAGACCACGAACCAGAGGGAUUAGGCAACACAUCCUCGCCUCCCUCUUCAUCGAAGGCUAACGCCAAUUUCAUUGA